UUUUUUGUGGCUUAUAUUUGCAGAACACAGGGGUGUGUGUCAAAUAUUUUUUGCUGUGUCCAGAUAAUUUUGGAGCAUAUAAUAUGUUCUGGAAUAUUUGCUGGAACACCUCGGCUGGCAAAAACUGCUGGAUGUCCACCUUGUUGUGUUUAAUGACUGCCAUUAUGUUGCUGAUGCCAGUGACUCAUCUGCCAUUAUCAGUGGAAGCUGCCAAGGGACGUGACAAGAAGAUUUACAAGCUAUACCCUUACUAUUGGAAAUCAAACACACGGUUCCCGUAUUAUGACAAGUAUGGCCGCGGGAAACUUUUGUAUGGCUUCGGAGGACCUGAAUUGUACGAAUACACUGCAUUCAAGGCCAUUCGUGGUUACUACAGAAAAUGAGGACACUGAAAUUUUUUUUAGCCGAAAUGCUCUGAUAUGUAAUUUAAUACCCCCCCCCCUCUUAAACAGCAUAUUUUAUUAUAGAAAAGAAUCAAAAAUGAAAGGCAUGGAUUACAAUGUGGGC